AUGCCAACACCGGUUUUCAAUGAAGAGGAAAUUGACAACACGAAUAGACUAAUCUGUGAAGAAUUGCGUUAUAAUAGGUGCUCUUUGUCUAAGGAACAUGAAGAAUUAUUGGUUAAAUUGACGAUGGAGAAAAAGUUAGUUUAUGACAGAAUUAUCAAAGCAGUGCAUGAGGACAAAGGUGGAUUCUUCUUUUUAUAUGGUCAUGGAGGAACCGGGAAGAGAUUUAUUUGGAGAACUUUGUCUUCUGCCAUAAGAUCUAAAGGAGAUAUUGUGUUAACAGUUGCAUCCAACGGAAUUGUUUCUCUUUUGUUACCAGGAGGCCGAACAGCUCAUUCGAGAUUUGCAAUCCCACUCAAUGCAACUGAAAAUUCAACAUGUAAUAUCAAACAAGGUACUCCUUUAUCAAAAUUGAUUGUCAAGGCAAAGUUAAUUAUUUGGGAUGAAGCACCAAUGAUGCAUAGAUAUUGUUUUGAAGCUCUAGACAGAACUCUAAGAGAUAUUCUUAGAUUUAAAGAUGCAACCAAUUUAGAUCGUCCAUUUGGAGGAAAAACCGUUGUUCUUGGUGGUGAUUUUAGACAAAUACUUCCAGUCAUUCCAAAAGGUACUAGACAAGAUAUUGUUAAUGCUACCCUUAAUUCUUCAUAUUUGUGGAAUCACUGUCAAGUCUUAAAGCUAUCAAAAAAUAUGAGGUUGGAAGGAAAUCAGGUGGAUUCACAUUUGAAUGAUCUAAGACAAUUUUCUGAUUGGAUUUUAGCAAUAGGUGAUGGUAUGCUUGGAAAUUCUGUUGAUGGUAUCGAUAAAGUUCACAUCCCUGAUGAUCUUAUCAUAAAUGAUUGUGGUGAUCCAAUUUCUGCGAUUGUGGAAACUACAUAUCCAGAUUUUUUAAGUCAUUGCAGUGAUUUAACAUACCUGCAACAAAGAGGAAUUCUUGCUCCCACUCUUGACAUGGUUGAAUCAAUCAACGAAUACAUGGUUUCACUAAACAAAAGUCAACCAAAAACAUUUUUUAGUUCCGAUACAAUUUGCAUGUCAGACGAUGCUUUUACAGGUUUGGAACACGUACAUACACCUGAAUUCCUAAACACUAUUAAGUGUUCUGGAAUUCCAAAUCAUGUUAUCACUUUGAAAGUGGGUGUCCCAGUGAUGUUAUUGAGAAAUAUAGACCCAUCUUCAGGGCUAUGUAAUGGAACAAGAUUAAUCAUCACUAGACUCGGAAAUCGAGUUAUUGAAGCAAAAAUUUUAUCGGGAAAUAUGGCUGGACAAAAGGUCUUCAUUCCGAGAAUGUCAUUAACUCCAUCUGAUGCAAGAAUACCUUUUAAAUUCCAACGAAGACAAUUUUCAAUAGUUGUAUCCUUUGCAAUGACGAUAAACAAAAGUCAAGGACAAUCUUUAUCUCAUGUUGGGUUAUAUUUGAAAAAAUCGGUAUUCACACAUGGCCAGCUUUACGUUGCUCUAUCACGGGUUACAAAAAGAAAGGGAUUAAAGAUUUUGGUUUAUGACGAUGAUGGACAAAUUUCAAAUAAAGCAAUAAAUGUGGUUUACAAAGAGGUUUUCCGUAAUUUACUUGGAGAAUGA